UGGUUAAUAAAUUAUUAAUAAAAUCUUACAAUAUAGUAAAUUUUUUAGUAACCACAAAAUUACUUUAGAGGCAUGUAUGCAGUCUGCUAUCGAUAUAUAAUAUUUUAUGUCUCAUGAUAUCACAUAUUUGGAUACCUCGCCUUUUUUUCCGCCAAAUCUCACUAAAAUUUUUCCUCUAUCUUUAAAUUCAAAUAGGAUAAAAAAGAUUUUUGUUUAAGUCAAAUAUAAUUUUCUAUAAUUUCAAUUAAUGUAGUAUAACAUUUAACCCUCGUACCUUGUCAUUUAUUUGCUGUUUUUUGGUGGGUAGUAAUGGAUAAUUAUUAAUCAUUAAUGCGAUGCUGAUUGGUGCAAGAUAGUAUUAGAAAGGAGACAAUACAAUAUAAUAAAGUUGUCCUGUUCUAUUUAUAGAGUAUCUAGAUACAUUACUUUAUUAUUCAUUCCCUAACAAGCAUAUAAUUGGAGGGCUACUCUACUCAAGAAAUAAAAAGAAUUUCAGUUGUUCUCUCUGUUAAAGCACCUUUGAUAAUUUUUCUUAGCUUAACAAUUGAUAUUUUGGAAAUGACUGAAUCAAUAUUUGAAAUGAGUUUUUUUUCCACCUAAAUUAUUUUGCCAAUUGUAUUUAAUUAAACUUAGUUCUAAACCAAAUUACCAAAGAUAAGGAUUUCUAAUUAGAAAUAAAGCCAAGCUUUGCCUUAUACUUUGAAAGAACAUGAGUGUAAUAAUAUAAUUGGCUCUUCUUGAUAACAUGAUUGAUUCUUCCAAAAUUUACAAUUAUGAAUGUAGCUUUUAAAAGAAAUGGGAAAAAAUUAUUACCUGCAUUUAAAUAGUUAUAUGGAAAAAAAAUUUUUUAACAAAAAGGAUAUCAUGAAAGAACUGUGGUAGUUUUUACAUUCUUUACUCUAGAAGUCAGAGUAAAUUAUUUAACACAAUCAAAAUCUUUUCAACAAGCUGAAAUACUGAAGUAACUUUUAAGUGUAUUAGCUACAGUUUAUUUUUUGAAACAGCACACUGAUAAUCUCACACUCUGACUCUCUAAAUAAUAUAUCAUUUACAAUAUAGAUGUUACGAAGAAAGAAAUCAAAUGCUGAUAGUGUAAUUUAUGAUGAAAGUGAAAAUCAAGAUGGAUUUAAAGCAUUAUUUAUUAUUAUAUUCUGUCAAACGGCAGUUGAGGAAACAAUCUUAUGGCUUUUAGAUCGUUUCACUCGAUCCCAGCAUGAAGGUGGUGCAGAGUUAUUAGUUCGAGUUCAUAAAACAAAUAAUGAGGGAACAAUUCUUGAAAUAGGAGCAACGACUAUAAGAUUGCUAGAAGCAGCUGAGGCUCUAGAGAUUACUAAAGAAGAUAAAAAUGGCAACAUUCGAGAAUUUGUUUUUAGCAACAUUGAUCAAUUUUUCAAGCCAGGUGUGACUACACAUAACAUUUUGAACACUUCAGAAAAGCAAAGGAUUGUUUUAGAAGAAAUAAUGAGCAUCAGAGCUCUGGAUAAGAAAAUGUUGGAUGGAUACCCCCAUAUACAGCUCUUUCCAGGACAAUCAAUAAUACAGGUAUGCAGAAAUCAUGGCAUAAUUGAACAUAUGUAUCCACUACAUGAAAAAACAGAAUUAAACCAAUUAAUAAAUAAAUGGACCUUUAGAUUUUUACCUCUUGAUGAUAUCAGGAACUACUUUGGUGAAUCUGUUGCCUUCUAUUUCUCAUUUAUCAGUUAUUAUACAUGGGCCCUUUUACCUCCCGCUGCAAUUGGUUUUUGUCAAACUAUUUACUCUUUUGAUAUUACUCGCUCGCAUUUAUUUUUUGCAACAUUUAAGAUGAUCUGGCUUACCAUAUUCCUUGAAUUUUGGAAAAGAAGAAGUAAUGAACUUGCAUAUGGUUGGGGAACUCUUAGACUUGUUAAUUUACCUAAACUUCACCCAACUUUUCGAGGAAGGUGCAUGCAAAUUGAUUCAGUUACCAAGCAACAUGUUCCUGUUUAUCCUGCUUAUAGACGUCAUCUUAAAGUAUACUGCGUAUCUUUGCCUCUAGUUUGUCUUUGCUUGGUAUUUGCUGUCCUAGUUAUGUUCAUAUAUUUUCAAAUUGAAGAGACGGCUAUGGAAUUAUAUGAUGAUGGAAGCUAUUUAGGAUGGCUAAUUACUCAAUUACCUGGCAUUAUAUAUGCUAUUCUUGUUAUUGCAAUGAAUAUUGUGUAUGCAUAUGUUGCUACUGUACUUACAGAAUGGGAAAAUCACAAAACUCAAGAUUCAUUUGAUAAUCACAGAAUUGUAAAACUUUUGUUGUUUGAGUUUGUGAACAAUUUCAUUGCUAUGGGCUAUAUUGCCUUUUAUCAGCAAGAUUUUAAUAUGCUAAAAUGGCAAAUAGCAGUUAUGAUGAUUGUAAAUCAUCUAUUUAACCAAUUUCAAGAGGCUAUUUUACCAUUUUUAAUUCAAAAAUACAAUCAAAAAUGGAAAAAGACAACUUUUAUCGAUGAUUCACCUCAAGUAAAAGCUAUUCUAGAGCAGCGUGAUAUGUGGUCAUAUGAAGAUACUUAUGAUGAUUAUUUAGAAGUUUUUACUCAAUUUGGAUAUGUCUUCUUAUUCUCGUCUGUUUUUCCUUUUGCUGCUGUAUUAGCUGUUCUGAAUAAUAUCUUGGAAAUUUGGAUGGAUGGAUUUAAGCUAUGUUAUUCCUAUCAAAGACCUAAAGCAAGACCUGUAAAAGGCAUUGGAAUUUGGCAGGUUGCAUUUGAAGUUUUAAGCCUUUUUGCUGUCAUGACUAACUGUGCUCUAAUUAGUAUGUCUCCAAUUGUGAGGUCUUAUGCCCCUGAUAUGUCUCUUUCAACAUGGCUGUUGAUUGCUGUUGUUAUUGAACAUAUAAUUAUUGCUGUGAAAAUGAUUCUUUCUUAUAUCAUAUCUGAUGUCCCAAAGUGGGUACAAGUUGCUAUUCAAAAAGGUCAAUAUGAAUCUCUUCAAGCUUUAAAAGCAGAGAGGAGACAAAAGACUAGGGAUAUGUUAAAAUAUUUGAAGAUGAAAGAUACUGACAAAACAGAUUGAGGGAGACUUUUGAAACUUAAAGUCUGACAAAAUUAAAUGGAGUGUUGAAAUAGUAUAGGAUGGCAGUAUGAUACAGUGUUGCUGAUCUUUUAAAGAAGUUUAAUCUUAAAUUUCCAUUUUACAAAAUAUUUAUAAUCUGUGAUAUUACUAUUUAAAAACUUUAAUAAUUUAUUAAUUUUCUAGUCAUCUAUGUUCCUCUAGAGAUUUUUUAAGCUACCUGUAUACCUUAUUUUUUUUAACAAUUUAUGACUCUUUAAACAUUUUGUGCCUAAAUCUUCUGCCAAAAUCUUUCUCAAUACUUUAGUUUUUACCACUUGAGAUUUUCCUCUUCACAUAUUGUUCUGCUUUUAUAAAUUAUGGUCUGUUACAAAUGUGCUAUAUUACUGAAAAAUAAUAAACUUUUUUAAUUAAUUUA